CUCUUUCUCUUUCUACCACCAUCAUAGAUUCGAAUUUAUCCGAGAUGACACAAAAGUUGGAAGCGGAAGGGAAAAAGUAUCCAGAAAGCCAAUAUAAGUGGGAUGAUGGAUCAGACCAUGAUGGUGUAACAAAGAUAUAUGUACGAGGUGAUCGUGAAGGCAUACAGUUCAUCAAGUUUGAAUAUGUCGGGAAUGGACAACUGAGAGAUGAAUCAUUCCAUGGUUUCUCAAACGAAGGUUUCACACAGAUGUUUGAGAUUGAUCAUCUAAAAGGUGAAUAUCUUGUAUCUGUUGAGGGUUACCACAAUUCAGAGGUGAUUCAAGGACUUCAAUUUAAAACAAACUUGAAGCCGUGGACGGCAAGAAAAUUAUUGGGUUUCACGGAUCUGCUAAGUCGAACCUUAACACACUUGGAGCAUAUGUUACAAGCAUUACUCCAACUAAAAUGGAAGCAAAUGGGGGAAAGGGAGGCAAGGAGUGGAAUGAUGGAGCCGACUAUAAAAGCUUUAACAAAGAUUCAUAUACGUAUUACUUCAAAAGGCAUAAAGAACAUCCAAUUCGAUUAUGUGGACAAAAAUGGACAUACUAAAGCGCUAGUCCAUGGUUCUAGCACGGCUGGAGGCAACCCGCUGGAGCCGUUUGAAAUUAACCAUUCUGACAGCGAAUACCUACCGUCUGUUGACGGUUACUACAACGAGACUUCCGGUGUGAUCCAAGCACUUCAAUUCAAAACCAACAUGAAGACUUCGGAAAUGAUGGGAGUUGGCAAGGACGAUGAUGAUGAUGAUGACGAUGAUGAGGAAACGAGUACAAAGUUUUCAAUUGGAUGUAACGGCAAUAAAAUCAUUGGAUUUCAUGGAUAUGCCGAGAAGAAGCUAUACUCUCUUGGAGCAUAUUUCACAACGCUUCCUCUAACUAAAUUGGAAUAUCAAGAUUGUACUAAAGGCAGUCUAUACGAUAAUGGUAAUACAGGCUACCUCUGGGAUGAUGGUACUUUCCAAGGAGUAAGAAAGUUUGUCCUGGACUAUCCAGAUGAAUUUCUCACGUCCGUGAAGGGGACUAGCACAGUAGCUUAUAAUCAAGUUUCAAAACAUCAAAAGAGAGGUCCUCUCCGACAUUUGGAAAUGAGUUUUGUAGCAGUCCUAUUGAAUUCGAGCUUGAAAGAAAAGGCUGUGCUAUUGUUGGGUUCCAUGGUCGGUCUGUCUAUGAUGUUCUUCAUGCUCUUGGAGCAUAUUUCUUUCCGAUCCCUCCUGCUCAAUGCUCAUGAUGGGGAAAAGCUAGUUGAACAAGGUGGUGAUGGUGGUUUGGACGAAAGUUUUGAACCGACGUCCAUAGUCUUCUUGGACCGAGGUCUAGAGCCU